AGUCUACAAAUACAUUUGCGAGUUUAUAGUAACGAGCAUUUACCUGGACUAGUGCACUUUACACCAGGCUUGUUGCUGAGCACCCGCUUACGUUCGGACAGCCUUUGUAGUGUGAGUCAAUAUUCCCGGAAGCGUGCUGUGCGUUUGAUUUGAGCUGCACCCUCGUUGCCAUUCAGUGGCGCGUACUCCAGCGUAGCAGCAGCAUAACGAAAGCCUCCUCCAUCAACCACGAUGUCUUUAGCCAUUUUCAUCAACUCAGGAGGCGUGUCUCGCCGUUGUUCAAUUUGGUAAUGAAGACACUUGAAUCUCUAGAGGACACCAAAGAGUAGACUAUGGCAGAGCAGGAUCCCACCCCGGAACAGCUGGCGGCCAUCGCCGCGGCCAACGAGGAAGCGGAGGGCGGGGUCAACUACAAGCCCCCCGCUCAGAAGAGUCUGCAGGAGAUCCAGGAGCUGGACAAGGAUGACGAGAGCCUGCGCAAGUACAAGGAGGCCCUGCUGGGGAACGCCGCCGCGGCUGCAGACCCCAACGCUCCCAAUGUCCAGGUGACACGCUUGACCCUGAUGUGUGAGACGGCGCCACUGCCCCUGACCCUUGACCUACAGGGAGACCUGGAGUCCUUUAAGAAACAGUCCUUUGUCCUGAAGGAAGGCGUGGAGUACAAGAUAAAGAUCAGCUUCAAGGUCAACAAGGAGAUUGUGUCGGGACUGAAGUAUGCCCAGCAGACCUACAGGAAAGGAGUCAAGGUUGACAAGUCAGACUACAUGGUGGGGAGCUACGGGCCGCGGCCGGCAGAGUACGAGUUCCUGACCCCUCUGGAGGAGGCCCCUAAAGGCAUGCUGGCCCGCGGCACCUACAACAUCAAGUCCAAGUUCACUGAUGACGAUAAGCACGACCACCUCUCCUGGGAGUGGAACCUUAACAUCAAGAAAGAGUGGAAAGACUGAGUCCCCGUCGACUUAAUUCUUCCCCAUCCCCCUCUUCUUAUUCCCCCUCCAUUAUUUUGAAUUCAUAAUUAUGUGAUAAGUAAUUAAAGGCAAAUUGCUCUCUCGUCCACGCCAAUCCCUGCAGUAGUUUCAUUCCAAUCGCGUUGUCAUGCCAUUCACCCCCCCACACACUCCUUGUGAUGCUGAGUAUUGAAUAUGUGGAGAAAGCAAAUCAUGUGCACAAUCAUGAAUUUGUUUUGGUUAGUUUGUAUAUAAACAGGGUUUUUUUUUAUGGAAAAAAAUGAGAUUGAUUUGUUAAUGCUCUUGAUAUGGAUGUCAUAAUCAACUUCUUUCCCCUUCAUCCCCUCUUUUCUUUCUCUUACUUUCCUUUUUACCCCCCUUCCUGCUGAUUGUUUAUUACAACCACAAUCUGCCUUUUAAAGGUGUUGCUGUGUGUUAAAAGCUGUAGUAGGGCCACACUCUGUACUCUUUGUUGGGGAUGUUGCCCUCUGUCUGUGGAAAGCCUUGGAGCAGAUUAUAUGUACCAGAGUCCACACAAUUAGUUUAUUCUGGAACUAGUGUGAAUUCCUAACCGUUAAGAGGUGGCAUGAACAGCACUUACCGGCAGUCCACCAGAGGCACUCUGACCACCUGCUGAAGGUGCAAGUGUGCCUCUUCCUGAUCAGGGUUUUCACCUCCCUACCUAGUUCAUUCAGCAGCCAUGUGGCCUUAAAGAGGAUUCCUGUAGAACUAACAAUGAAGGAAAUGAUCACAAAGAGCCUUUUGCCUUUAGAACAGAACUGUCAGAUUGUUACGAGAGCCUCCUACAGGGUUUGAGUAAAAGAGUUUUAGGCUGAGUGCUAACAGAUGAUCACACAGACCAUUGAGAUGCUUGUAGUACCUUCUUUUCCAGAUUAGCCAGUAGAAGUAGACCAUGAAAGUGAACAGCAGCCAUCUCUGCUCCCUUCCCUCCUCACAUCAGGUGGUCUCAAUGUGGACCACCUUUAGUGCUGUUUGCUGACGUGAAUGUGUUUACGUUGAUAUAAAGAACCUGGUUUUGUUGACAACCUAAGAAAUUAGCUCCUUGUCAAAUGCCCUCUAAGCAGACCUUGAGGCCUUCUUCCAGUCACUAACUCCAUUCCUGUAGCGUCUCAGAUAUGGGGCCUUGCUGGUGGCCCUUGUGAGCAGAGAGGAAUGUCACAAGGCUUGUUAAUCCGCUCACCUCGAGUCAACUCCAGGAUUACCAAAACUAGCUGUGCCUCUAGCCUUUACAACCACCAGCUGCUCUCUAAGGUCUGACUUUCAGAAUGGGAGCUUAACAUCAAAUAGUUAUUUGAACAUUGGCCCUGAUGUUUUAGGUCAGGUCUAACUUGUGCACAGACCCAGAGUUUCAACAAGAACAGCCAAGACCUCUUACUACAAAACCGUGUUGUAUUUUUCUACACUCCAUUUUUCAACGUCAUAACUUGUGAUGUAGGGCUCAGGCUUUGUUUCACUGGUUCAGUAUGCUUCACUGGAUCAUUGUUUCAGUAUGGUUUUGACUCUAACUACUCCUCUGUGUGCCACCUGGAGAAUACUGUUCACCUGUCACAUUAAAGUAUUCAGACUGGAGGUCAUGGUGUCUUUAAUCAAUAAAGUCAUGUAACUUUUUA